AUGUCGGCGAAUGCAAACAGAGACGAUGUAGUCUCCUCAGCGCGUGUCGCUCUGCUCUCUCGAAGGCUGAUCCUCUAUAUCAUCUCCAAACUCCGGUGCCCCGAAGAUGGCCAGGAUGCAGACCCGAAAUCCGCCGCAGGCUUCUGGAAAAACUUCUAUUCCUGGAAGCACUACUUUGCAUCCGGCCUGGGUGAUGAAGCUGGAAACUUUACCUGGUUGUCGCAACUUCGGGAGUACCAACGUGACUCUUUGCCGAUCCUCCGUCAGUUUUAUGACGGGACUGACACUGUUCGGGACGCCUUGCAGAAAUGUGUGGAAAAGGAUCAGAAUAUGUCGGCAGAGAUUGCUCUCCAGCAACCGCACAUGGCAAAGGUUGCAAACCUCCCGGACUUGAUCGCUCAGAGAGAGAUGAAAGAGAUGACACCGCCCGAAGCUGUCACUCAAGUGGUUCCAGUGGAGGAGAAAAAGGCCGAUGACACUAUCGAGGCACCUGCGGAUGGGCAGCAGUCGGAGUCGGAAGCAAAAGGGGCCGAGAAGCCCCCAGAAGAGGAGGCCGUGCUGGUGGAAGCGGAACCGGUCCCAGAGAAGGUUUUUGACGUGCGGGAAAAAUUCCCCCACUUGGUGCUGGCCGAGUUUCAGGUUGAUUUGCUGAAGCAAGUGUCACCGGAGACGCUCCAACAGAUGAUUGACCAUGCUGAGACUCGUGCAGGGCUUAUUCUGGACAGUGUAUUCGCAGUUGCAUGUGUCGCCUUCUUGUUGCUUCAGCUGCACAAACAAGGUCGGAAGAGUUUCGUGGACUUGAAGGUGCUGGGUAAGAAGGCUGAGAAGUACGAAGAGCUUCUACGGGAGUUCGCUGUUGAGUGGCCAAAACCUGGCAAGGUGAUGUACAUGAUGGAUGCCAAAAACUUCGGUGCAUGCAAAGCUGAGAGUGUUGCCAUGCCUCUCAGCAUGCUGAGACAGAUCCUCGACUUCGUCUUCCAUGCAGAGAAAGGCUUCCUGCCGGAUCCUCUAGAGACCGUCCUGAUGGCUUUUGGCAAGGGUGGCAAAGUGGCCACCAGGCAGAGACGUUUCCUCGAUUUGCCCGGCGACAGCCGGGCCACUGGAAUAGCUGGUUUGCGCAGGAAGACCGCGGAGGAGAUGGCCUGGAGGAUGCAUCCCAAGCACUUCGACAGCAUUUUCUCUGGCUUCGUGACGGUUGAGGAUGAGCAGGAGGCUGAUGCCCAGGACGGUGACACCACGAAGCUUGGAGCUGAGACGGAUGUUCCAGAGACAGAGGCUGAGCCCAUGGAAGCAUUGCCGCAGCUUGUGCUGGAGAACCCGGAGGUGUGUGGACGGGAGUGGAUCAAUCUGUAUGCAGUCAAGGAGUCUGCUGCGGAUGAAGUGACCACGAUUGUUGACUUCAGCCCCGGCACCGGAGUCAUGGCCUUGGCAGCAGCCCGGGCAAUGGUGCAGUACACAGGGUUGUGA